AUGGCGGCGACGAAGAAACCCAAGGCCAAGCCUCAAAAACCAGCCAAGGUGACGGCUGCGAGGAUAGCAAAGAUGAUGGCUGAAGGGGACGAGAUGAUAAGAAACAUGACGCCUGAAGAAAGGGCCAGGCUUAUUGCCGAGUCCAUGGCUAAAAAAUCGGCCGAGGAAGCUGCUGCGGCGAAAGAUGAAGUUGGAGAUGACGAGGAGGAGACUGCACCGACACAAUGCGAGGAAGAAUGGCUCGCUGCCAAGUUUCGCUCUAUGUGGAGAAGAUACCUAGCUCCCUGUGGUGUUACCUUCGACCAAACCACAUCUAUCCCUUCCAUGCGUCAUGUGAAUCCUGCUUCGGAUUGCUCGGCCAAGGCCAUGGACACUCUGCAGAUUAUGUCAGUCAAAGUUGCAGCAAUCAACGGGGGCUUGCACUGGCCACUGCAGGUGUUUGGUAUCGUUGCCGCGCGUGAUUACUUGGAUCGUAAGCGCAAUAUUAUUUUCCACCGGCCGAGGACUGACUGCCAAACCAUCACCCAGGAUGAUUGCUACCUAGCACUGUCAGGUCCGACCCGUGCCAUUGUCGUGUCAUAUGAUCCUACAUACCUUGAGGUAUCGCUCAAAGUGAAGGGCGCUACUGAAUCUGAGGAUAAAGAUUUAAGUGCUCUUGUUGUGGUGUUUAGAGCUGGAGCCUGUCCUCAAAGUGUCUUCCCUAGCAGGCUUAGCACGCUGGAAAUUAAUUUUGAUCACAUUUAUCACUCGGUGGAGGCCACGGUCUUUAUAAGAAUCAUUGGCGGGUCGUGGCCGGAUGGCUUUCGGGGUGUAUUUAGUGCUGCCUCCAGUAGGGAUGACACCCUGCAAGUCAAGUUACUUGACUUUGAAGAUGGUGGGUUGCCUGUUGACGCUAAUGGUGUGAUCACGCUCACACGACAUGUGGUCUCUGCUGCGCUUCAGAGGAACCUGAAGGUUUCUGUAAUGGCAUUUCCAGUUAAGGAGGGAUUUGCGGCAGAGGCCAGCGAAGCAGUUUUAGAACCUCAUAGAGCCGGUGUAAGCCCCCCAGGAGUCAAUCUCUGUGUUGGCUCGUGUAGUAUGGAAGUUCGUGUUGCUUGGUCCUGUUUCUGUUGUGAGUGGUGA